GUCUUCUUGAAGACCCAUCUUACGCAAAACUCUUGUUGACAUUUUGUAUUAAGUGAUGUUUAAAAGAGUUUCUUUAAAUUUUUAAUACUGUAAAAAUAAUUAUAGUUUUUUUCUGCGAAUAAUUUUUUGUUUUGCUAUAUCCUAUAGUGGAUAAAUGCUGAAAAUGGUUGAUUUUUAAUUAAAUUAAUUGAUUCAAUUUAACAAAUACAAUUCUUAAUGCCACAACUCACAAGUGUUGAUUCAACUUUUUAUCUUAUCACGUAAAACAACUGUAAUUUAAUGGUUAGGGAAUUAAAUUAGUAUAUACAGUAUGACCUUAUACAAUAUUCUAGUUUAUAUUACAGUUAGAAUAAUACUAUACCAUGAUACAAAAACAAUGCAUGCGUCAUUUUGUCGAUUUUCACGGAAACUGAAACGUUUUUGUAGUUUUUAUAAGUAUUCAUAUAGCUUCGAUAUGGCUAAAGUUGAAGAAAAAACAAAUAAGUUCCAAUUGAAGACGCCAAAGGGUACAAGAGAUUAUGGUCCUGAACACACAGCAGUAAGAAAUGAUGUUUUAAAUCGAAUUACAGAGGUUUUCAAACGUCAUGGUGCUGUAAACAUAGACACUCCAAUUUUUGAACUCAAAGAAGUACUUACUGGCAAGUAUGGCGAAGACUCGAAACUUAUAUAUGAUUUAGCUGAUCAGGGUGGCGAGUCUUUAUCAUUAAGAUAUGACUUAACAGUACCUUUUGCUCGAUACUUAGCUAUGAACAAAAUUAGCAAUAUUAAACGAUACCAAAUUGCCAAAGUAUAUAGAAGGGAUAACCCUGCCAUGACUAGGGGACGAUACAGAGAGUUUUAUCAGUGUGAUUAUGACAUUGCGGGUCAGUAUGAUGAUAUGAUUCCUGAAGCUGAAUGUGUUUUUGUAGCAACAGAAAUUUUGUCAACAUUAGAUGCUGGUAAAUUUAAAGUUAAAGUUAAUCAUAGACUUCUACUUGAUGGGCUGUUUGAAGCUUGUGGUGUUCCAUUUGACAAAUUUAGAACAAUGUGUUCUUCAGUUGAUAAAUUAGAUAAGGUAUCUUGGGAAGAAGUUAAAAAAGAAAUGGUAGAAGAAAAAGGAUUAGAAGAAAAAAUUGCUGAUCAAAUUGGAAUUUAUGUCAGAAUGAAUGGAUCAACUGAAUUAAUUGAAGCACUCAUUAAAGAUGAUUUACUAACAGCAUCUAAAUUAUCUGUGCAGGGUUUAGAAUCUUUAAAACUGUUUUUCGAAUAUAUCAAACAAUUGGGUAUUGAUAAUCUUGUAUCAUUUGAUUUGAGUUUAGCCAGGGGCUUAGAUUAUUAUACAGGGAUAAUUUAUGAAGUAGUAUUGUUAGAAAAAGGUGAAUCAAUUGGAAGUGUAGCUGGAGGUGGUCGAUAUGAUAAUUUAGUUGGAAUGUUCCAUCCUAAAAAUAAAACAAUUCCUUGUGUUGGUAUAUCUAUUGGGGUUGAACGUUUGUUCACUGUACUUGAAGCUAAAUAUGCCAAAGAAAACCAAAAGAUACGCACAAAUGAAGUUCAAGUUUAUGUGGCUACUGCUCAAAAAAAUUUAGUUAAUUAUAGAUUAAAUAUUUGCAAAGACCUAUGGAAUGCUGGGAUAAAAGCAGAACAAUCGUAUAAAACUAAUCCUAAGCUACUAGUUCAAUUACAGCAUUGCGAAGAAAAUGAAAUUCCAUGGGCUGUUGUUAUAGGCGAUAGUGAAAUACAAAGAGGUGUUGUGAAAUUAAGAAAUGUUGUAACUCGACAAGAAGAAGAAUUGAAAAAGGAAGAUCUUGUAGAAGAAAUAUUUAAAAGAUUGUCUAUAAAAAAAUAAUAUUUUUGCUAUCAUGAGUUGUAUUUUCUUUGGUUCCUUACAUUUUUUUACCAAAAUGUCCAAUUCAUUUUAGUUAAAUAAAACUGUUACUAGUGUGACGGAUAUUAA